AUGCAAUUAAUCACCUCCACAAUUCCGCCCCAAAAUCUCUCCGGCUUUCAGCUCUGCCAGUCCAGUUUCAAGUACCAAAUCUCGCCGUUGAACCCGUCGGCGGCCAAGAUUUCUAAUUCCCGUAAGACGGCGGCGCCGUUUGAUGUCACUCGCCGGCAUCUGGCAAACUUGGAUAAGUUGCUGAAGAAAACCGAUCCGCCUACUAUGUUGGAGCCGGAACCGGUUCACAAGGACCCCAACAAAGGAUCCAUACCCAUUAAAGGAAAGGGGCUUUUACAAGACUUGAACCUAGCCAGAAUCUGGCCGGGGAGAAAGGCGGCCGAGGAUAUGUCGCCGAAAAACCUCAACCGGCUGCACCAGUUACUCUCGAAAACGGUCGAGUAUUCACCAAAAAGCUCGCUCGGUCAGCGGUGGCGCGAGUACCACGGCUGCAAUAAUUGGUCCGGUUUACUCGACCCGCUUGAUGAAAAUCUACGCCGUGAAGUCGUCCGGUACGGCGAGUUCGUACAAGCUGCAUAUCAGUCUUUUUAUUCAAACCCCGCCACGUCACCCAACGAGGCCCCACUCCCUCACCACGUGGCGCUUUUAGAUAGGUCUUAUAAAGUUACAAAAAGUCUCUAUGCCACGGCAUCAGUUGGUCUACCCGGUUGGGUGGAUGAGGUAGCUCCGGAUAUCAGCUGGAUGACCCAACGGUCCAGUUGGGUUGGAUACGUCGCCGUUUGCGACGACCGCCGUGAAAUUGCCCGUAUGGGGCGGCGCGAUAUCGUCAUCGCCCUCCGUGGCACCGCGACAUGUCUUGAAUGGGCCGAAAAUUUCAGAGCUUAUCAAAUCAAAAUCCCCGCCGACAACAACACCACCACCGACGAAGAUUCAAAAGUCGAGUGCGGAUUUCUCAGCCUAUACAAAACCGCCGGAGCCCAUGUCAAAAGCUUAUCGGAAUCAGUGGUGGAGGAAAUUAAACGAUUAACAGAGCUCUACAGAGGAGAAACAUUAAGUAUCACCGUAACCGGACACAGUUUGGGUGCAGCAUUGGCUGUACUAAUGGCAGAUGAGAUCAGUGUUUGUUCGCCGGAAAUUCCUCCGGUGGCGGUGUUUUCAUUCGGCGGACCGCGCGUGGGAAACAAAAGCUUUGCAAAUCGAAUUGAAUCAAGAAACGUGAAAGUAUUGCGAAUUGUAAACUCACAAGACGUGAUAACGCAAGUUCCACCGGUGACGUAUUCACAUGUCGGAACAGAGCUGCGAGUGGAUACAAAAAUGUCGCCGUACCUUAAACCCAACGCUGACGUGGCUUGCUGCCAUGAUUUGGAGGCGUAUUUGCAUUUAGUGGACGGAUUCUUGUCGUCCAAAUGUCCGUUCAGGCCAAAUGCAAAACGGAGUUUGGCGCGAUUAAUGCAAGACCAGAAGGGGAAUGUGAAGAAAUUGUACAUGAGUAAGGUGAAGGAUUUGGGGCUGAAUCCAGAGCUGCAAACCUCAGGGUGCUUGCCUAGUCCCUCCUGAUUUCAUCCAAAUU